GGACACUUGAGGGGAGGAGUUAGGGGGAAAAGCGGAGAAGGGUCAUAAGAAAAUGUGUGUCCCCGACUGAAGCAGCGUUAUUUCCGCCCUGCUCCUGCUGCCGCUGCCCCGAGUCCGCCUGAGAGAGAGAGAGAGAGAGGGAGGGAGAGAGAGAGAGAGAGGGACUUUUAAAUGGACUGACCGUGGAGCCCCGGUGACUGACAGCCCGCUGUCCGCCUGAAGCCCGCUCCUCACGGCCUGAACCUCCGCAGAGGAUGGAUGUGAACUUCUCCCCGGCUGCCCUGUGCUCGGUGCUCCUGCUCUCCCUGGCAUCCUCCGCCACGUUCCUGGAGCCCUGCGACCUCCUGUAUGAGACCGCGGUGCAGGCGUUUUACUCCGGAGACUACAGCGGCGUGGUGCGGUCCAUGGAGGCGGCGCUCAGCAGCUACACAGACGCCCGGAGCACCAGGGUCCGCUGCCGGCUGCUGUGCCAGGACCAGCAGCCGCUGGACGGGAGCUUCUCGGACCUGCGCUUCUUCGACGUGGUGCUCCGGAGAGCGGCGUGCAUGGACGCGUGCAUCGAGGAGAAGCUGGGCGCGCAGUCUGUGCACAAAGUCAGCGACGAUGUGGUGCAGGACUUCCGCAGGAGGAUCCCCUACAACUACCUCCAGCUGGCUUAUCAGAAGCUGAAGCUGCCUGAAAAAGCAGCAGCGGCCGCUCACACCUACUUCCAGGCCAAUCCAGAACACGUGGAGAUGGGUCAGAACCUGGAGCAGUACAAGGACCUGCAGGGCGUCGAGGAGGAUCACUUUGUAGACCGAGAGGCCCGGCCUCACCAGCAGUCAUUCACAGCAGCAGUGAGGUUGUAUGGCAGUGGUGACUACGAGGGCGCCAUCGCUUUGUUUGAGGAGGCUCUGGUGGAGUAUUAUACAGCAGACGUGGAGUGUCGGGCCCUGUGCCAAGGGCCACAGAGGUUUGAGGGCCAUGAUCACCUCCGCUACCGUUACAGCCUCCAUGAACUCGUAUCAGAUCACUUCACUCAGGUGCUUCACUGUGAACACGAGUGCGUCAGAGAUCUCGCCACUCGGCCAGGCCGCCUCUCGCCCAUGGAGAACUACCUGCCCCUGCACUACGACUACCUUCAGUUUGCCUACUUCCAGUUGGACAGACUGGAGGAGGCGUUGCAGUGCGCUCUGACCUACCUGCUAUUCCACGAGGGAGAGGAGUUCAUGACAGAAAAUGUGGAGUACUACGGGGAGGUGCUGGGACACGACGGCAAACCACAAGAGAAAGCUGCGUGGUACCUGCGGAGGCACAAACAGGAACUGGAGCUGCUGCUGAUCGGCAGCAAUACCAUGGGUGUGGAAUUCACUGAAGGGAAUUACUGGAGCAGCCCGGGUGGAAGAGACGACUCAAACAGGAUUCCCUCUGGUACAGACGGAUGGAUGGAGUACGUUCCCCUCUCGGACAAGAGGAACGUCCCUUUUGUUGUUCAGCAGCCACUCAAAGAAGGUGGCCCCUUGGUGUACGACAGCGUGCAGCUGGUGCAGAACUCUGCGGCCUUGAAUGGGACCCAGCGGGUGCUGCUGGAUCAUGUUAUAUCUGAGGAGGAGUGUGCGGAGCUCACACACCUGGCACAUGCUGUCACCAUGGCAGGAGACGGUUACAGAGGGAAGAUGUCUCCACACACUCCCAACGAGAAAUUCGAAGGAGCUACUGUUCUCAAAACCCUGCAGUACGGCUACGAGGGCAGAGUACCGAUGAAAAGCGCUCGCCUCUUCUACAACAUCAGCGAGCGAGCGAGACGCAUCACUGAGUCCUACUUCCUGCUCAACUCCACACUGCACUUCUCCUACACACACCUCGUGUGCCGCACAGCCAUCACAGGCCAACAGGACCACAGAAACGACCUGAGCCAUCCCAUCCAUGCUGACAACUGUCUGCUGGACCCUGAGGCCAAUGAAUGCUGGAAGGAACCACCAGCCUACACCUACAGAGACUACAGUGCACUGUUAUAUCUAAAUGGAAAUUUUGAAGGAGGGGAGUUCAUAUUCACAGAGAUGGAUGCCAAAACAGUCACAGCCUCAGUGAAGCCCAUGUGCGGCAGGAUGGUGGGUUUCUCGUCAGGGGGGGAGAACCCUCACGGUGUGAAGGCCAUCACCAGUGGGCAGAGGUGUGCUGUGGCCCUGUGGUUCACUCUGGAUCCACUCUUCAGAGAACUGGAAAGGCUCCAGGCAGAUGAGGUGAUCCAGGCACUGGACACACAGUCUGUGGGGGGUCAGGGCCUCAACAUCAACCCUAAAGAUGAACUGUAGAAACAGGAGGAGCUGCCCCCACCUCCCGAAAUCAAAUCAUUCUAUAUAUUUUAACUAUUUAUUGAAUGACUUUUGGAUCAGAUCAUUUCUAUUUUUGUACUGUUUGAAGUGCAAGAUCAAUAAUGUUGUCAUUUUGUCUUAUUUGUGUUGUCAGACGUGUUUUUUUUGUUCAUGUUUCUUCGCACACCAGUACUUGAGAUUACAUUUGGGAUUUUGUCUUUUUCUUCACAGCCUCGAGUUAAGACAAAGUCCGAUUCACUUAGUUUAUUGUUUUCGUACCUGGAGAGUUUGUGAUGUCGACAGUUUCUUUUGAAGACUGCUCGUACCUGUAAGUCUCACUGUGAAGAAGCCACAGAGAAAAGUGGCACUCGACUGUUUGUUUUGUUCUGGGUUGUUCUUAUUCUUAUUCUGGACAAUGAAUUCAGUGGGUUUUUAUUCAAAAACACUAUGUACAGUUAUUCAAAGUAAUUAAUUUGAGUGGUCAGUUGUCCAAAAAUAAUAUUAGGUUUUUGUACUAAUGGUACUAUUACAUACUCUAUUAUUUUAUGUUUUUUUUUCUGUGCCAGUAAUAAUUAUUAUUUUCAAAGUAGGCAGUGCACUGUUUUUUUUUAUAAAUCUCAAAUGGCACUCAUUCAAAAGAAACAAACAAAGAGAUAUUUUUUAAUAUGCUGAAUAUUUAAUGGUCAUGCACUCUGUCUUCUGUGUGUUGAGUCAGAAACUGAAGAUGUUGUCUGUUCUACUUUGUCCACUGUCUCCUCUUGUUUUUCCUUCCUGGGCCCCCAGAGCAGGAUACAGGUUUACAUGUUCACUGACUGAGGACAUGAUCUGUGUGUCCGUGUUUAUGUUUUACUUUAAUUUAUGUGUUUUCAAUAAUAGACAGCUUCUGUCUACUUUUAAUAUGAGGAACUUUUUUCAUAAAAGACGUCAAUUGUUCCUGUUUCAAGGAAUACAUACCUGUACGGUCCUUUAUGUCCUUAUAUCUGUUCUGAUGAUACAGAUGAGAGGCCGAGUCGUGCACUGUAAAUCCAGUGGAGAGAAACCUAUGAAGAGUAGCUUUGUUUGUUUUUUAAAUACAUUUAAACUGCUUACCAGAAACUUAAUCCUGUUGUUUUAUGUUGUCGGUGACUUUUGUUUCACUGAUAUUUUAUUUUGAAAUGCUGUGGUACACAAAAAAUGUACGUGUCCAUGUCUAUAAAUUAAAAAAUAAUAUUCCCCAUCUUUA